AAGGCUAAUUUUUCCCAAUACUUCAUCCAGGAGUUCUUUUGUCUUCUGGAUUGGGUUCAAAAUUAAAAGGUUACGGAAUCGAACAUCGAUAGUCGUUAACUCAGAAUUGAGUCGGCUGUUCAACCACGGUUAUAAAAUUAAUAAAAUAAGUGGCACUAACAUAACGAUAGUGGAAGAUAUUAGCAUUUUCUCACAGAGUAUGCCCCAACCUUUAAAAUCUAACCUUUAAGAUAUUAUGGCUACCUUUAAGAUACUAUAGCAUUUUCUCACAGAAUAUGUCCUAAUCUUAAAAAUCAAUUUAUAUAAAAUUUCCACUCGAUUGGUGAGCAAAAUUUCGAUUACUUUUCUUGUAAGAAUGAAACAAUGAUAUGUAAAUCACGUAAUUACUAGUCAUUUCGCAUCUUCGAAAUUCCCUCAUUGGAGAGACACAUAAAUAUUUCAUUAUUAGAUCAAACUGUUGAAUUAUUGUCUAGAGCUUGCAGAUAGAUAUACGUAAGGUGUAAUAACCAUUGUAUUAUAAUAGUCUUCUCAUCUUACUCUACUGAAAUAAAAGGUCAUUUUUGUCGAAGCAAGUUUCUUUACUGUCUCUUAACAGUUAGUUUGUAGAACUAUGAUUUUUUAUAUUGUAUUGUGUGAAGGGCUCAUUAUUUAUUCAGUUAUUUACCAUAAGUGCCUAGAAUACAAUAAAAGAUUUCUUACGUCUGAAUCUCAUUUAUUUUAUUUCUCGUAUUAUAUGACUAAGAGAAAAUGUCUCAGUAUUUUUCUGGAAAGUUAAACUUUGUUUCAUCAGCAGAUAGCAGGUAGCUGAUGUUCGAUGAAAGUAAAUAAUGAAGAAACUUGAAGAUUAUUUUUGUGAAAAGUUACUUUCUAAACAAAAUGAGACUACAAAAAUACAUUAGUUGAAGUAAUAAAGGAAUGAAUUGUAAAAAUAGCAGUCACAAUGGCCAUUGACGCGAGCACAAGAAGUGAGAGCUCAGUCUCAACCAUGGAGAAUGGAACUUGCAAUACAACUGAAAUCAAAUGUUAUAAAAGACGAUUCUGGAUGCUUUUUCUCUUCAGUACCACGUCUUUUCUUUGCGGCGUACUCUAUACCCAGUAUGUUGGUAUGGCAGACCUUAAUUGCUGUUAUUACGGUGUGUCUCAAGACGCGGUCAACUGGACAUCGAUGAUGUUUAUGGUUGUUUACUUGGUGGGAGUGUUACCAGCUUCUGUGAUCAUCAACUACAUCGAUUUACGAUGGACAGUAAUCCUUGGAGCACUUUUUAACACAAUUAGUAGUACUGUACAGUUGGCAACUUUAAAACCAAAUGGAUUUCCAUUCGUCUUAGUCAGUUCUUUUUUUGCAUCUUUGUCUGAAGUAGCUGUCUUGGGUAUCCCACCUUUUAUUGCAUCAAGAUGGUUUCCAAGCAAUGAAUUAUCUCGCGCAUGCGCAUUUGGAGUUUUUGGUAAUCAGCUUGGAGUUGGUAUAGGCUUUAUAUUAUCUCCCCUUCUGGUCAGCAGUGAUUGUACAAAGAAAGAAGAAAUAGAAUUUGGUAAACGGAAUGAGGCUAUUUUGCUUACUGCGGUCAAUGCUGUGGUAUUAAUUCUGGCUAUAACAACUUUUCAAAAUUCACCAAAACAUCCGCCGAGUCUCAACGAAAUGGAAAAGAAGUCAGAAGCUUCGCAGUCGAUGUUGAAAGUUAUUUUUAGAAUGCUGAAAAAUUUACAUUUCAUUCUAGUUUUAGUAGUGUAUGGUCUUAUGGCUGGAUCAUAUUUUGCUUUUGCUACUACAUUGAAUGAUAUGAUGCUUCAUUAUUUUCCAAAUUGUAGUGUGGAAAUCGGAUGGAUGGGUUUACUCUUUAUAGCAACAGGUUUAGUGGGAUCAAUCUUCGCUGGUUGGUUACUCGACGUCACACAUAAAUAUAAAGAAAUUUACAUGGGAAUUUGCAUACUGACGUUUCUACUCUACAUCUUAUUCAGCGCUCUAUUGUUAGUGGAUAAGCUGUGGGUUCAAUUUUUAAUUACUGGCAUUCUUGGCUUAUUUAUGACGAGUUUCUUGCCAGUUGGAUUUGAAUUCGGUAUUGAAGUUACUUUUCCUGAAUCUGAGAUUAUAUCUGCGAUGUUACUUAAUGCAUCAAGUAUGGCAUUCGGCAUUCUUAUUACCGAAGUAGUUUCGAGAAUUUUGGACACUAAGGGACCAAUUUGGUCAAAUGCUUCAUUUUGCAUCGUUCUUUUACUGUGUUGCAUCAUAUCAAGUUUCAUCACGACAGAGUACAAAAGACUGAAAAAGAAUAAAGAAACCUUGGAGAAAUAAUUUUUAUUUAAAGGCGUUAACAAGACUAACAUUAAAGUUUGUCGGAUUGAACGAAGAUAGGACCGUUAUGAUGACAAGGAAUUUCAUUUGUAAGAUUCCCAUCUGACUGCAGUUUAAUUGGAAUAAAAUUGCUGCUGUUACGGAGCCAGCGGAAUGUGAAAUUCUUCAAUUUUCAAGUUGCAACAUUUGCUUGACUGUCGAUUUUUCAAACGUUUCAGUUUCCAAAUUUCCAUUAAGGAAAACUAAGACAGUAAAUAAUAAAAAAAAAUUACAACUAUUACUAUCCGGGCAUAAUCCUUCGAAACUUAGAGAUUAUUCCCACUGCAUCAGUUUAACUAUAUUGCCCCAAUCAACUUCUCAAUAUCCCAAUGCACAUUUCAUAUAAAGUUUAUUGAAAUGAAAAAUAUUUUUUGAAAAUACAACUUGUGUAGAACUAUAAAAUAUGUUCUAUUACAAAUAACAGUUUGUCAUUAAAGCACUUUAUAUAACUCUAAAUUGUUUGCUUAAAUAAAAUCAAGAACAGGGGGGAGAGGUCUAAACUGUUUGGUGUUUAAAUAAAUAAAACUUUUUGUACGACAACUAUUUUGACGAUUCGGUGUGUUUCAUAAAACUCGCCCAACACUGCAAAUUAUUCGAAUAUGCAAUAUAAGUUUAUAUAGCAUAAUGAGUUUAUGAAGUUUCAUUAACAGCUUUUAUAAUUUGUUUCAAUGUAAAUAUUAUUCAAGUUUGAAAUGGAUUAUAAUCGGGACCAUCAGCUUAUGUACUAAUUUAGAGACGUUAUCAAGACGUCUAUUUUAAAUUAAUUUGGCAAACAUUAAAAUGAAACUUCUAUUAAGCUGGAGUCUAUGUUAGCCCUAUGCUGAAAAUGACACAUUUUGUAAAACAUGUACAUACAUGUUAGGGUUCAUUAAACUAAUUCAUGAACAUCCUUUUCAAAGAAAAAAAAUAUUAUGUAAAUUUAUUUUUGAUUUUUGAAAUUUUGCAUUAAAAUAAGUAAAUUUAGGAAGGCAAUACAAUAUCUUCUAAUCUAUAACAUUUUUACUGUAAAUAUGCAUUUUCAAAAACCAUAUUCUCAGUGGCAUUUUAUUUAUCUUUUCUUCUUACUACUAUUUCACAACUGCAGACAGUAUUUUUGAACAACUUGUUGAUCUUUUACAUUUACUUCACAAUGUUGUCAUAAAUGUACUCAGUAUUUUCAUAAUAAGCAUAUCAAUUUUCUGAAGCCGUAACUGGUCAUCAGAAAAAUUUAUGUCAAUAAAUUCUUCUAAAUUUCUGAA